AUGUCAACAAGUCAGUUAGUUCGUUUACCUCCAUUACCUAGCAUAAGAGAUUUAAUUAAACUUUAUAAAAUACGCGCAAUGAAAGAAUUAUCACAAAACUUUUUAAUGGAUCCUCGACUCACUAGUCGUAUUGUAAGAUCUGCAGGUCCAACUAAAGAUUGUGAAGUAUGUGAAGUUGGCCCAGGUCCUGGAAAUAUUACAAGGUCCAUUAUUCAGAAUAUGCCUGCACGAGUUCUGGUUAUUGAAAAGGAUAAGCGGUUUAUUCCUUCAUUAGAAUUAUUAGCUGAAUCAUCUCCGGUACCAUUAGAAUUAAUAUUUGGUGAUGUUAUGAACUUUAAUAUGGAAAAAUUGUUUCAUGAAGAACAUGUAAGAGAUUGGGAAGAUAUUUGUCCUCCUAUACAUUUAAUAGGGAAUUUACCAUUUAAUGUUUCUACUCCUCUCAUUAUUCGAUGGUUAAAAGCUGUAUCAGAAAAGAAAAAUGCAUGGAGAUAUGGCCGUGUACGUAUGACACUAACAUUUCAAAAAGAAGUUGCAGAAAGAAUGGCUGCUCCAAUUAUGACUAAAGAAAGAUGUCGCUUAUCUAUUAUGUGUCAGAACUGGUGCCGAGUUGAACAUAAAUUUAAUAUUCCUGGUCGAGCUUUCUUACCAAAGCCUGAAGUGGAUGUUGGGGUUGUAAGGUUAGUUCCAUUAAGGAAUCCUGUAAUUCAAUUGCCUUUUGAUGUUGUAGAAAAAGUUGUAAGAUCUGUCUUUAGUUACAGACAAAAGUAUUGUGUACGUGGUAUAGAAAUAUUAUUUCCAAAACCUGUUAGAGAAGAACUUUCUAAAGAAAUGUUAAAGGCUGCAUGUAUUGAACCUGAAACAAGACCUUUUCAAUUAACAAUUAGUGAAUUUGGACGGUUAUGUAAUGCAUACAUGGAUAUUUGUAAUAAAAAACCAGAUUACAUGAAAUAUAAUUAUCGAUCAUCCAAAUCACUUGAAGAAUGGCCAAUUUUAGAUGAUAUGGAACUUACAAAUGAAUUAGAUUAAAACAAUUCCAAAUUUAUAGUUGUAGUGUAUUUGUGUUGUUCAAUAACUGCCUAAUAACUGAUUUUAUUGUUGUAAAAUUAAAAAAAUGAAAUUUUAAUACAAAAUGUUUUCAUUUUUUCACUUAUGAUACUAUUAAAUUGAUGUUGUAUGUA